AAGUAAAUACAUAUUUCAAAUCUUUUUUUUUUUGAUUGACGAUCGCGAUAUGGUGAUAGUUGAUUCCAUAGAAACUCGUCGCCGGCAAGCGUGUAAAAGAAGUAUGGGCAGAAGGGAAGGCGGAGAAUGUGAUACCUGGUCAUCGGGGAGAUCUGCGGACAGAAAAGGAGGAGGGAUGAUGUUGGGAAGCGUUCAAGCGCCCAUUCAAUCAGAUGAAAGCUGUAGGAACGAGGCCACAGACGGUGACACAGGACGAGAUGAAGGGAGAGGUAGUGGAGUAGAUGCAGGAAGAAGAUCGAGAGGAGGAGGAGGAGGAGGAGGAAGAGGAAGAGGAAGAGGAGGAGGAGAUGGUGGCCAAUAUGGUAGAUGGGAAUUUCCAAAGGAUAAUUUUUAUAGCUCAUCUGGGGCUGGGGAGAGCACAGGAAAGAGGCGGUCACAAUCUUCGGACAAGAAUUUGACGGUUUUACCUCUGACGUCAUGGCUAACAGACUGCCUGCUAGCAGCACCCUCAAGGAUGAGGACCAACUACUUCAGAUGGUGCGGAGGAGUCAUAGAAAACUACGCAAUGGGAGAAGUACUGCAACGGCCGACAAGGGAAUCCAAAGGCGAGGAUCAUCGUCCAGGUGGAAGCCUCGUUGGGAAAGCCUCGUCCGGAGAGCCGGGGAACGGCGCACAGGCGAUUCUGAGCGUUUGCGAAGAUGAACUUGCACGGUGCGGCACUGCAGAGUUGACAUCAACAGCUGUGCCCGCACUAUUGCUACCUCCCCCGCCGGGGAAACACACGGAUGAGCGUGCAGCGAGCCUUCCUCCGCUUCAACCAUUUGCCAGUCUCUUCCACAGGUACUACACUUUGACCGCACCUGCUGUGACUCAACGGCUGCUGUUUGGCUUAUUGAAUGCUCCAACUUCAUGGGUACCGGACUCGUUGGACGCGGUGGUGCAGCUCAUCGAAAUUCUUGAAGGAGAAGAUGGUUAUACCUCAUCUGGGAAGCGGCCACAGUCAUCAUGGCUAUAUGUCCAUUUCCUGAGGCCCAUUGGAGCGGCUAUGGCCACUCAGACUGGGCAUGCAUUCGAUAUGGUGACAGCUCUUCUCUUCCGUAUCUUCAUGCGGCAAAUAUUAUGUUUUCCUUCUUCAGACGAUGACCGUGCAUGUGGGCGCAGCCAACCAUCAGUCCAGUGUGCUGAUCGGACGGUGACUGCAAGAGGACACGAACACGCAAUGGAGAGAGGAGUGGCCGAACUGAUGUGCAGGUACGGGCGCGAGGUUGAACUGCAAAUCUGCGGACUUUGGGAAUCUGCUUAUGGCUUGCUUCCCUUGGAUAAGUCCACGGCGGCCCGUUGGAAGUUGCCGAUAAAUUUUUCCGACCAUCUCCACCGCCGCCUGGUUCUGCUCUCCUGGUCGUUGUUCCGGCCUCUGCUGCAAGUCCUCGAGUACCUGCCUCGAGGGAGCGCUUCGGAGGGGUGCGUAAGGCGCAUAUUCUCGGCAACUGCAAGAGCAAUUUUAGAUCGGACAUUCCCGGUUGAUGAUGUUGCACAAGGCGGUGUUGCGUUGGCCGGACAGAAUGGCAAGCGAGGAAUCACCGAAGAUGCAGCAAAUAGUCCCACACAUGAAGCGAACGACUCCACGAGGGCGGAAGUUGACGGGAGGGAAGAGAUGCGGGCAAUGCUGCGGUGUCUUUUCUCUGAGGCUUGCCUGUCAUGUGACCGAGCUGCUCAGCUUUUGUCGGAUAUGUUGGCAGCAUGUCUUAGCCACGAUAACUUGCUCCUAAAAUCAAGUCAAGUCAGAAAGCAGAACCAGGCGGCAGCCGAUAGCAUUGGGGACGCGGUCGGCCCGAUGGAAGCACCGCCGGAAAGGAUGCCCGAGGAAGUUACCCGUAAUCUGAAUGGGAGGAGAGGCAGAGACAGGGGCAGGGGAGCCGUCACUGCGAUCCACUCGUAUAUCGUCACAGCUGUUUCUGCGUUGGCGUGUGAAGUUCAGCUUACGUCCUCCAUUACGACACUAAGGUUACCUCGGCGAAUGAGCGCCACCGGGGUUCGGACAACGGGGCCUAGUGCUGUCCAGCAGACCGACGCCAGCCGUCAGGCCCAGGAGCGAAAUGUUGGGGCUCAAGGUGGAUAUGUCUCCGUAUCUGGAAACAUCCCUGCUAGCGAAAUGCCGCCGGCAGCAAUAUCUGCGAUGCACACGCAGGAGUCUGGUGGCCAUCACGUCUUGGUGCUUCUUGAAAGGCUGCUGUCGCAGACACCACGGAACAUCAGUGGAGGCGAAAGCAGGGGAAUCGACAAUUCGCCCAGUGAUGCCGUCACAACAGCAGCAGUUGCGGUGCAUGUAUCGGAGCUCCUGCGAGGGUCUCGUACAUGCAUGAAUGCACUGGUCACAAUCAUGCGCUCCUGUCCGAAUACAGCAAUCGGUGCACGCGCACAAUCAGUUAUCAAGUUGAUUGAGCGAAACAGCCGGGCAGCAGCAGCAGCAGCAGCAAUUGCAACUGUGGAAGCAUCAAGACAGGCUGGUGCUAAAGUGAAUGGGCCACGUCUUGAAGACCAUCUGCCCGUUGCUGACGAGCAGGCGUUUCAAGAGAAUUGUCAGAAAACUGGCAGGGUGCAAGGAGGUUCUCGGUUGGGGGAGGGGAAGAGAAACGGGCAGUGUGAAAGUCAUAAACAGAGCAAUCGAAGCAUGAUGAAUAUCGAUACAGCCCUGCACACGGACGGCCACACGGGCGUCGGCACGGACCAGUGCACGGACGACCGCAUGGACCACCACACAGACCAGUGCACGGAUCACGGCACCGACCACCACACGAACGGAUGCACAGAUCAGCACAUGGACGACUGCAGGGACCAUCACACGGCCCACUGCGCAGACAGCCGGACCGAUCACAGCACGGACGAUCGCAUAGACGACUUCACAAUUCGCAGCACGGAUGACCGCACGGACUCCCACCACAUGGACCACCCCACGCAUCACGGCAUGCACAAUGACCGAGAAUUGCGUGGAGUCGGCGACAUGGUCACGUGCGAUUGCCCCAUGGACGUGGUUGAAGUAGGUUCGCAGUUGCAGGCGGCGGCCGAGGGGAAUGUGCAGACCAGAAGCCAUGAAGGAAACCAUGGGAACAUGGAUAUAGAAACAGAUCAUGAGGAUAAGCAUGACAGGCAGGUGAACCUGGAAAGAGUUCGCAAGCAGAAACUAGUGGAUGACAAUAACCAGGCCCUGCCACCAAGGAGGCCCUAUCAGGGAGCAAGGUUUCUUCCGCUCGAUGCGUCAGACAUGGUUGGCCUCUUCUGCCAGGCUCAGCAAAGUGGUGCGACCAGGAACAGAGAACCAGCUGCUGCAGGUUGGAAUGAAUCUGAUGUCUACGACAAGUCCUUGUUAAUAUUAUUAGUAGUUGAAGCGCUUCGCAACAUUGUCAUUGCUCUUCCCCAGAAGGCCGCUGUCGUGAUUGUUUCUCAGAUGGAAGCUGACCUUUGUCCUUUAUCCGGGACAGAUGACCUCCGCUCCUCUCAAGAGAAGUGCAGGUCAGGCUCCAUAGCAGCAGGCAACAGAGCAGGCGGCGCAGCGGGUGCCUUGCCUAUGGGAGCGGCAUACGACACAAAUAAUGCAACAGGGUGGAAUGGGUCGUCAGGCACAAGCAUCGUGAACAUUCGGAUCAUUAGUUUCCUCGCCGAAAUGCUGCGGCUGCAAAAUGCUAUUGAAGCGCUCGUGGUGAUUGCGGAAUCAACAGACCUGCUGAGUCGUGCAACGGAUGGUCUUUCUGCUGCUACGGAAGCAUUUGCUCUCCCACAGCUUGAGCUGCUGGAAGCCGCUUUGACGGCCAUGCACACAGCGCACUUGAUAGGAGGCACGAUCGGGGACCGGAUUUCAACUGCUCUUCUCCGGCUAAUGAAGGACCGUCUUCCGUCCAUCGUACGCUGCUUGUCCGUUCAAAGUACCCAUGUUCGAGCGAUGUCCAUCUCCUUGUUGCGGCGUUUAGUGCACCAUCCAGAGCUGUGCAAGAAUGUGGUGAGCGAAGCGGGGGGAGGAAGAGGGGGUAUGGGGAGGAGGGACGAUGAAAUUUGGGAUGACGACAGAUCAAGGCACGGAGCGCGCGCACAGGCACAGUGCUCGUCGCCGCGCGCUGGCAUGGCCGAUCGCGCUUCGCAGGAUGCUGAGGGGGUGUGCUCCCCAGGAGGCAGCAGAUGCGAGGCAGAAAACUGGCAGCGCGAUAUUCAACAAUGCAUACUGUGGGAAAUGAACUAUCGACGAGCAGGUGGUCUUUCUGUCUCCCUCUUGGCCGAUGCGGCUGGGACCCUCGGAUGUCAGGUUUCCAUCUUUUAAGAUUUCAUCCUUCCAGGGGCUGGGGCGCUUCGCAGGAUGCUGAGGAGGGGAUGUAAGUACACUGCUAUUGAGAAUAAUCGUGCACUGCUCGCUGCACGCUAUUAAAUUGUUCAUAACAAGUUAAUGAGACAUGUAUACCUGAAGUGUUACAAAAGAGUUUGAAAAAGAAAGGUUCAGUUAGAAAAAAAAAAGAAUUGAAGUCUUAACACAUUAUUCAAUAAUAUUCAUAUUAAAAGUAAUAAAAACGGUAAAAUAAUGGUAGAAUGUGAAAUAAAAAGGAAUGAAUUGGGUCUUUACUA